GGCUCGGUGGGCACCAUGUGGCGGCUCCGGUGCAAGGCCAAGGAAGGGACCUAUGUCUUGCAGGGGCUGUCCAGCCGGACCCCGGUGUGGGAACUCCAGGGCCAGAUCGCCGCGGUCACUGGGAUCGUGCCGGGCGGCCAGCGGAUCCUCGCUGGCUACCCUCCCAAAUGCCUGGACCUCAGUGACAGGGACACCACGCUGGGGGCCCUGCCCCUGCAGUCGGGAGACAUGCUGAUCAUUGAAGAAGACCAAACUAGGCCCCAAACUUCGUCCACAUUUGCAAAACAUGGUGCUCCUAGCCCCAUCAGGGAACCCCUGCCCGUGCUAUGCAGGACCUCGGUCCCUGCUGACAACUCCUGCCUCUUUACCAGUGUGUACUACAUCCUGGAAGGAGGGGUCCUGAACCCAGCCUGUGCUCCGGAGAUGAGGCGCCUCAUAGCACAAAUAGUAACAAGUGAUCCAGACUUUUACAGUGAGGCAAUUCUGGGGAAAACAAACCAAGAAUACUGUGACUGGAUCAGAAGGGAUGAUACUUGGGGAGGAGCUAUUGUGAUAUCCAUUUUGUCUAAAUUUUACCAAUCUGAAAUAUGCAUAGUGGACACACAGACAGUCAGAAUUGAUCAUUUUGGGGAAGAUGUGGGCUAUUCCAAAAGAGUCGUGCUUAUUUACGAUGGCAUCAACUAUGACCCGCUUCAGCAUAGCUUCCCUGACCCAGACAUCCCUCCUCUGACCAUUUUCUCCUCCAAUGAUAAUAUUGUUCUGGUACAAGCACUGGAGUUAGCAGAUGAAGCUCGAAGAAAGAGACAGUUUACUGAUGUGAACCGCUUCACUCUGCGGUACAUGGUGUGUCAGAAGGGAUUGACUGGACAAGCUGAAGCCAGGGAGCAUGCCAAGGAGACUGGCCACACCAGUUUUGGGGAAGUGUGACCUCUGCCCUCUGAGGGUUGAAGCCUGCUACCUCAGAACCAGAGGCUCUGGGUUCUUAAUAAGCUACUUGUGUUCCUAAAGAACAAAGGACAGGAUGCU